AUGUCAGAUCAAGGUGCCCCAGAGCAGCUGGCUGCAGGAAAGAGCCAGGGAGGAGUUGGGGUGUCCUACAAGAUUGUUUUGUAUGAGUACGAGAACUUCCAGGGAAAGAAAGCAGAGCUGUCGGCAGAGUGUAAAGAUGUUAAUGAGAAGAAUCUGGAAAAAGUUGGCUCAGUCGUGGUGGAUUCUGGACCAUGGGUGGCAUUUGACCAGCGUGGCUUUGCAGGGGAGCAGUUUGUUUUGGAGAAAGGAGAAUAUCCUCGUUGGACCACCUGGACCAAUAGCCAGAACAGCUACUGUCUAUUAUCUCUCAGGCCGCUAAGAGUGGAUGGUGCAGAUCACAAAUUACAUCUGUUUGAGAAUGGAGGCUUUACUGGGAGAAAGAUGGAAAUUAUUGAUGAUGAUGUUCCCAGUCUGUGGGCUCAUGGUUUUCAGGAUCGUGUGGCCAGUGUGAAAGCACUGAAUGGAACGUGGGUGGGCUACAUGUACCCCGGUUACCGGGGACAGCAGUAUGUGUUUGAACAUGGUGACUACAAGCAUUGGAAUGACUGGGGAGCUACGAUGCCACAGGUGCAGUCUGUGCGACGUGUACGAGACAUGCAGUGGCACAAACGAGGAUGCUUCACUGCUCUUGAGCCUACUCCUAAUCCCAAUCCUAACCCUAACCCAACACCUCCUCCCCCAGCCCCACCAGCUGCAGCUGCAAGCAGCUGA